AUGUGUUGAUUGGAUCGCUCUUUCGAGCGGCCGAAGUCUCGGUUCUUCGUUGGUGCUGCUCCGGGAGGUGUUGGCUAAGUGGUGAAAGUCGCGCGGUGUAUCGGUGAACCUGCGACAGUUUGUUGCUGUGAACGUGCUCAGACGAACGAGAAGUGGAGAGAACUGCAACGGUUCGCCCGCCUCGUUCCACCGUCGUCGUCACUCAACUCCGCAUACUUCGUCGCUGACUGUCGCACGGCGUGACAUAACCUCGUUCGCAAAAGAUGAACACUUCAGGAGUUCACGCACAUAUGAAUCACGACAUGCACCAUGGAGGUAUGAAUCACGGGAACAUGGAUCAUGGAAAUAUGAACCACGUUGGCAUGGAUCAUAGCGCUAUGAACCACGGUGGCAUGGACCAUAGCAGUAUGAACCACGGUGGCAUGGACCAUGGAAGUAUGGAUCACAACAGCAUGCAUCAAGUUGUUUCCUCGAUGAACAAUGCGUGUGACGACAUGGAUAUGCAUGGGCAUGGUAUGUCGAUGACUUUUCACACCGGUGUCUGUGAGUCGGUGCUGUUCGACAGUUGGAGAAUCACGUCGAUCGGCGGUCUCGUGGGUUCGAUGAUCGGUAUCAUCAUCAUGGCGGCUCUCUACGAAGGGCUCAAGUAUUACCGAGAAUAUCUGUUUUGGAAAACGUAUAACUCUCUGCAGUAUAGAAGUGUUACGGUGCCUAAUGAGAAGAAUGUCGUAGCUGAGGAUAGCCGGGUCGUUCAUAUGGUUGGGGAAGUAAUCCAUAAACAACCGCCGACCAUGCUGUCAUGGAUGCAUUUGUUUCAAACGUUUCUGCACAUCGUGCAAAUAGUCCUGUCCUACUUCCUGAUGUUGAUCUUCAUGACGUACAAUGUCUGGCUGUGUUGCGCCGUAGUGUUGGGUGCCGCUAUCGGUUACUUCCUGUUUGGAUGGAAAAAGUCAGUAAUCGUGGACGUUACUGAACACUGCCAUUAGCAUUUAGUAAAUUACUGCAACUGGGUAUUUCGUGUAGACUGCAUUUGUACGAGAUUAAAGCGCGUACAAUUAUAUGCGACAGAAUAUAAGGAAAUUAAGAGCGCAUUUUUCGCGUUCUACGUACCAAGUAGAAGUGUUUGGAGAGAAUUGGCCUUUAUAAAAUUUAUGACAUUCAUAUAUCAUAUGAAUAACAUGACAUUCAUAAAACAAAAAGAAAAAAGAACCGUUUCUAGAUUUUAAGUCUUAGACUUUUAUUGCCCUUUGCCUUUCUCGGUAUUAAUUACUUGAUUUUGAUUUCAAUGUCAUUCUCGAAUAAUUUCAGCAAAUGAGUUUCUAUCGAAACUAAUUACACCUCGCCUAAUUAUACCUGUUAUUACGUUAUUACGAAGUAAUAACUUUGCAGGUAACUUUGCAAAGUCUCAACUUCCACUGAAUACCUGAAUCUUGGUAUAUAAAUGUAGUAUGUUUGAACUUGUAAAUAUUGUUAAGAUAUCGUGUAAGAAACGUGUCGAUGAAUGUACACACUUUUUCCCAAUUUCAUAUUAUUUUUACUUUUUUUUUUUUUGGACGCUUACACAUUACAUUCGGUAACUUUUUAAUGUUUGGGAAAGAGUGUGCCAUUGUAUGUUAAACAAAACCCAUGUAUAAAAACAUCACUACAGUAUAUUGUUACAAGUUAAGGUAUUAUUACAUGUUGUGACGUAAGUGAUUAUUAUUUGUAAAAUAAUCGCGAUAUAACUUCGCCAAAAUAUCAGAAAACUGAAAAGAAAUCUGAACAAAUUAGGAGAAUAUUAUAAUUGCGAUUUACUAAUCUCUUCGUUAAAUCCUUGACCUUACUUCAUUAUUAUCGUCAGAUCUCAUAUCGAUAUUUUUACAAAAUGCUCGCUCAAUGAAUAAUAAGAAUUUCGUAAGAGGGAUAAAUGACAUUGGCGAGAAUCAAUUUAUACAGGAAUAGAAAGCGCUUUUUAAACAAGCACAGUGUAUGUUUAUUUUUCCUUGCAAAAUCGCGACCCCCGGAAUUAUAAAAUCUUAAGGCAUACACACAUAUUAUAUAGGUCAUGUAAGAGAAGUACGUGUGUACAUUCGGUCGCAAAAAGAUUACGAUACUCUCCUCUCCGAUGGAAAUUGAUCGAAUCGCAAGGAUAAACCAACUAUUUUCUGAAACUCGUCGAAGCAAGCAUUGCAAUCUUCUUACAAACGAAUA